CAUUAAAGAUGUCUGCGCCCAUGGAAAAUAUCCUGCUGGCUCUUAUUCUAUUUUUGAGCACGUUUAUAGGUGUCAUAACUGAUGAAGAGUUUGAAGGAUUGAGAACAUUUACAUUAGAACAUAGCUUUGACACAGGUUGCACACCAGUAUUUACAAAGAGGGGAACAAUAGCUGUAAGAUCUGUUAAAAGCAAUAGAGCACAUUUUUCACCAAAUGCACCACUGUCUAUAGAGGAAAGAAACAAAUUGCAGGUUUUAGCAGAUAAUAAUGAAAUAUACAGACUUAGAAUUUCUGUGAGAAACACUGGUAAUUCUGAUGAAGAUUAUGUUACCUCAUAUACACCAGCAUGUGGAAUAUAUGAAUCAUCUCUCUCAGACCAUAUAUGGCUACAUUUUGACCAAUCAGGUGAACUUUUAGGAGUUUCCAUGGUUACAGAACCCUCUGAAUGUCGUAAUAUAGAGGUCGAUAGUUCAGAUCUAAUGCAUUGGAAUACAACAGUAGAUAUAACUCAAACAGUACAAGGACCACAACCUGAUACUCAAACUUACAUAGAGAAGUUGAAGAAAGAAGAAAUGGAGAAAAAGAAAGGACAACAGUCAGAUAAUAGAUCCUUCUUUGCCAAAUAUUGGAUGUAUAUAGUACCGUUUGUGCUGGUGAUGAUGUUAGCUGGAAAUACAGAUCAAAAUGCUCAAGGCGGAGGAGGGCGAUAACAUUCAAAUGCUCAAGACGGAGGAGGACGAAAACAUGUUGUAUAUGAUUUUUUUUUUUUUUGGUCACCGUCAAAUUUUUUUAUAGUGAAGAAAUGUUUUAUUUUUAAUAUUCAACUUACAAAAAACAACAUUUAUUCGAUUUCCUACCUAAAUUUUGAAUGCAAAAUAUUUUAUGUAAAAGAGUGAUACAAGGAGAAUUCCUGAUAUAGGGUUGUUAUACCCAAACUAUUACAAAAUCAGGUGUCAGGUUCAAAUAUUUUAUUUGUAUAUGUUUAAAAGAAAUCAAAUUUUACUACGAAUGGUAGGUUGUUAUGAAUUUUAAGAAGAAUGAAAAUGUGGAUAGAAAUUUUCAAACAUUUUGCACCAUGGGUACGAUUUUGCUCUAAUUGAUAUCAUUAAUCAGAAGCGACGAUGCAUCACUGUUUUGGACUUUUCUGAGUGGUCCAUUCUUCGAUCUGGAGGAACCUGAGACUUUGCAUGUAAUUUAUGACGUACAAGAAGCAUUUUUAAGUAUAGAAUUGUUUCAUUUUCCAUUUUUUGUUUUUUUUUCUAUUUAUAAUCGAAAUAGUCGCAGAAAGACAUUUUGGUUUUGAUGUAAUUGUAUAUAAUUCGUUUACCGCCAAUUAUAUUAGAAAUAUUCUGGAGGAAGUUUAUUGUAUUCCCUGUUAUAUUGAAUUAAUAUUCAGAAACCAAGAAAUAGAUUGACGUGGCCUAAGGUAGUUAUGCAAUGUUGAUACUACGGUGAUUAGACUGGUAUGAAGCAGGUACGAAGGAACUUCGCAUAAAUUUAUUUUCUAUCGUUUCAUUUAAUUAAACGCUUUGAUAUAACAAUUAGUGAGAUGUAAAAUGGUUAGAGAGAUCAUAAAUGUGUAUGCUUGAGACGACGUUUUGUAUGAGUGAUACAUUACAAUACUUUAUUCGCUUGAUGUCAAUCUUUGAAAGAAAUUCCAUUGUUUGUUCUCGUUUUUCACGAACUAUUGUAAUAAAAGAAUACAUAAAUG